AUGUGGUUUGAACAGAUCUACUCCGGCUUUGUCACGUUGGCCUUUGUGGGCGCCGCCUGCUACAUUUCCUAUCCUUUCAACAAAUUGGACGUCAAAAGGGCCUACCGAAGAAAUUAUGGAACGAAUGAAAGGGUGAUGCUCUCGAAGCGUGAUCAUCGAUUAACAGGCAACCAAUACGUCAUCUCCGGACUCGAUUCAAUCAAGGAUGCA